CGAACUCUCACCCCCCUUCACAUAAUAACAGGAAAAUAUAAUCAGGGGGGAAAGAAAACUAUUGUCAAGGAUUUAUGUUAUUGACAACGCACAUUUGCACAAGUCUUGAUAAAAUCAUUUUUGAUAUUGACAGCUGUUCAUGAAUGUUGUUGUUUUCGUUUUCCUACCUCUUCAUUGCAAAAAAAUAUGGAAGAAUUAAUCAAGGAGUUUUUAAAUGCUAUAUCUACAAAAGAGAAGAGCGCUGUAAAAGAAUCCAAACUCAUUUGUUUCUGUGAGGAAAAUGUAACUACCUUCUCGUUUCAAAAUAUAAAUCAACUUUUAAGGCAGGAGUUUAUUCUUUGCUUGAUAAACGAGUUGAGCAGUGAGGAAGGGAAAGCUUUUGAUGGUUAUACAGCACGAUGCUUACAAGCCCUACGAAUCUUAAGUAGGGACAAAUCCAACUUAGACGAAAUGGUAACGGAGAAUUCUUGUCAAACUUUCCUUCAACUUGCUGGCCUUUAUUCUGGAAAUUGUCCAAUGAAAUUAGAAGGAGUUAUAGCUAGAUCAGAAGAAGUCAUUGAAGCUUUGAAAUGUGUUUGUAAUUUAGUGUAUCAAAGUAUGCAGUUUAAGGAUUAUGUUGUUAAAUACAACUGUACUUCUUCAUUGUGUAAACGCUUAGCUUGGUUUGAUCAAUCAGAUCUUCCAAGAGAUGUGAAAUUUUUUGAUCUAAGAUUAUUGUUUGUUGUGACUGCUCUUGAGGCAAAUCAACGAAUGGAAGCAUUACGAUGUAAUGCUGUUGAGCUGUUGACUAAAGCUUUAAAUCAAGUUAUUCCUGGUCAUGAUGACAGACAAGAAUUUCUUACUAAAGAACAAGAAAUGAUAGAGACUGAUUCAGAUUCAUCUUUAUCAUCCAGGCCUUGUUUGCCUGAGAUUUCACUCAGUAAAGAAGACAUAGAGAUAUUUGGAGAAAUGCUUAAAGUUCUCUUCAAUAUUACCAUCAACAUCAGCCAAGAAAAUCCAGAAAAUAACCUAAAAAUACUGAGUGCUCAAUUGAUUUUCAUACUUUGCCAUCUGCUUAUCAAAUGCAAGCAACUUGAUGAUGAACCAAAGAAUCUUCAAAAUCAUAUUAUAAAUAUGUUGAUCAAUCUUCCUUAUGAUUCCUAUCGUUUUUUGCAUUGGAGAAUUGAUAAACUCGUUGCAGAAGAAUUAAUGAAUGCUUUUAAUUCCAAGGAAAAUACAAAAAAAUACCCCGUAAUCUUUGAGUGCUAUAAUGUGGAGGCAAUUUGUGUAUUACUACAGAUUCUUGACCAAAGGUUGAUUGAAAACAAAAAUCUAAAAGAAUAUGUAACUCCUCUUCUCUCUGUUAUGACAACUGUUUCCAAGCACAACAGAAUCAUUCGUAAAUAUUUACGUCAACAAGUGUUACCAUCAUUAGGUCAUGUUGGUAAAGAGAAACCUGAAGAUAUUGAAAACAUCCGAGGAAGACUAGCUAGGCUUCUUACCUCUGCUAUUCCCGAAAUAAAGGAAUCUGUUGGCGAAUUUUUGUUUGUAUUAUGCAAAGAAAACGUUGCACGUCUCACAAAGUACGUGGGCUAUGGAAAUGCUGCAGGUUUCCUGGCAGAUCAUGGUCUAAUGGCUGGAAAUGAUGACGAUAACAUGGGAAACUAUUCCAAUGAUGAUGAGGACUCCGACACGGAAGAGUAUAUGAAAGUAAAAGAUAAAAUUGACCCAAUGACAGGGGCGCAAACAGACGUCGAAGUUGACAAUCCAUUGAAUAAAAUGAGCGAAGAAGAAAAAGAAGCAGAGGCAGAGGAACUAGCAAAAUUGUUGAGCAAGUUAAACAAAAAUGGUUUAGUGAAAUCUGCUGCCAUUGGUCCUGAUGGAAAACCAGUUGAAUUAAACAUUGAAGAAGACUGAGAGCAAAGAUUCCUAGACGUUCUCUUUUAUACAUUGGUGUAGUUUUUAGUUGUGUCUUUACAAUAUUUAAAGAUUAGUGUUGGUUUUGUGAGACGAUGAGAGAUCUUUUUAGCCUGACGUCAUUAAAUUUGACUUCAACGUCCAAUGAUUGAUCGUCAUAAACAAAAAAAAAAGCAACUCUAACCAUUUUGGUAAAUUUAUCAUUUAAGUACCUACUUCUUUGAUAUAACAUUGUCAUUGUUAACUACAUCUGUCUAUUUAAUUAAUACAUUAUCGACUAAAAA